AUGAUCAGGGCGGUAAUCUUGUUAGGUGGUCCAAGUAGAAAAGCAAGUUACGGAGCAUAUGAAUAAGCAUCUCCAUUAUUUCCAGUUAGCGGGAUUGAAAUAAUUGGUCAUCUUUUGAAUUCAAUUCAUAAAAUGCCAAAUUUGAAGGAUUUUGUUCUUAUGGGUUAUUAUGAUAAGAAGUGUUUCUAACAAUUUUAAGAGCAAUACUAAAAAUUGUAUGGCAAACAUAUAUAUUACGUCUAAGAAUAGAGAGAAAUGGGAACAGCAGGUGGAUUAGCAUAAAAUUUAGAUGUAUUAUUUGAAGAAGUUGAGGAUCUUUUGGUAGUGCAUUCAGAUAUUUGUUGUGAUUUGUAAGCCUAGAAAUUCUAUGAAUAUCAUAAGAAUAAAUCUGGUAUUUGCAGUAUAAUGACGGUUAGAGUAUCCAAAGAAGAAUCGACUCGUUAUGGAUGUUUGAUUAAGGAUCCUAAUACAGAUUAAUUAAUACAUCAUGCAGAGAAGCCAGAAUAAUAUAUUUCAAAUUUGGUAAAUUGUGGAGUAUACCUCUUUAAUUAAUCAUUCUAAACAACAAUCUUGAAUGUUAAGGCAAAAAAAGAAGCCAAUUUAAGUGAAGAACUUUAAGAUUAACCAUUUUCUUACUUGUCAUUAGAGAAUGAUGUCUUAAAAUUGACAGAAAGGGAUCGAGUUUUUGUAUAUGAACAUACAGGAUUCUGGCAAUCAAUUAAAUCAACAACUGACCUUCUAAAUGCAAAUAGACUGCUGCUCCAAUAUUAUAGGUAAAAUCCUUUCUUAUUCAAAAAUCCUGAGUUUGAAAUUAAUGGAGAGGGAGUAUUGAUUCAUAAGAGUGCUAAAAUUCAUCCCACUGCCAAAUUAGGCAGUAAUGUAGUUAUAGGUGCUGGUUGUGACAUUGGGGAGGGAGUUCGUAUAAAGAAUUCAAUUCUAUUGGAUGGUGUUGAAGUCAAGAAUUUCUCAUUUAUUUCUAAUUCAAUAAUCUGCUACAAUACAAUUAUAGGAUAUUGGUGUAGAAUUGAAGGUGAGGUUUAAUUUUUAGGACCAUGUGUGAUAAUAGAUAAUGAAUUAUUUUUAAGGGAUGUUAUUUGUCUCCAAAAUUGCAGAGUGUCUGAAAGCAAAGAUGGAGGCUGUUUGAUGUGA